GUUUUUUCCAACUACUGGUACGUUCCGUGUCGUAUGCGGAAAUAAAUGGUAAACACUUCAAGCGCGGGCAACUAGGAAACGCACGCGCCGGGAUAAACAUGCAGGAGGAAUCUGUUCGCAGUCCCUCCUAUACGGUGCCGUGUGACGAUUAUGUCCAUGUGGUAGAAUUCAGUCCUUUCAGCUCAGGGACCUCGGCCUCCCUCCUGGCCUAUGGUGGGAACCAGUUUGUGGUGGUGGCCACCUGCCUUUUCCAGGAGGAGGACAUGGAGGUGGAAGGAGUCGAGUUUAACGUCCUGCGAGCUUUUCAUCAUGAUUUGCGUGUGGAUGCUCUGGCUUGGAGCCCCGAAUCCCGGCUGGAUAGAAUACCCACUCUCAGAUUGUGCACGGCGGCAGCUGACAGAAAACUGCGCCUGCUGACUUCUGAUCUCCAGGAUAGGCAUGAAGUCGAGGUGAUGGAGGGCCACACCAGCUACAUUAACCAUUUGGUGUUUGAGCCUACAGAGGGGAAACGAAUCGCUUCCGUCAGUGACGACCACACUUGCAGAGUGUGGGACCUGGAUGGACGCAAACCCACUAUCUUCAGACUUCGCUCUCCUGGCGUCAGUGUGUGCUGGCACCCAGAGGAAGUCUUUAAGCUAAUGGUUGCAGAGAAAAAGGGAACGAUUCGCUUUUAUGACCUGGCGACCCACCAAGCCAUCUUGUCGCUGGACUGCGGACCCAUCGCCUCCGCCGACUGGUGCUUCUCCAACCCCAUCAAAGUGGGCGCCGUGUCGGGAAACGACUGGCUCAUCUGGGACAUAACGCGCUCCAGUUACCCACAAGAGAAAAGACCCGCCCACAGAGACAAAGCACACCUGUUCAGGUGGUCUCGGGCCAACGACAACCUCUUCGCCACCACCGGUUGUCCAGGAAGGAUCAGUAGCCAGUUGCUCAUCCACCAUCUUGGUCACCCACAGCCGGUGACCGUCGGCUUCGCCACCGUCGGCUCUUGCCUCAGCUGGCACCGGAGUCUGCCGCUCUGCGUGGUCGGCUGCGACAGGAAACUGUGCUUUUGGAUGACUGAAAUGUAGCAUCGAAGGCGCAAUAAAGGCAUUCAUCGCUUCA